AUCGCGCUUGCGCUUACACGUGUUCUCAGGUUCUCACACAUCUGACCGUGUGAUUCUCGAUUUCUCGCACAUUCUCACAUGCGCCAUUCGACUGCUCUGAUCCAGCGUGCAUCGUGAAACAAUCGCAUCAUUAUUGCGUCAUAACUGUCAGGAAACCGCAGGAAACGCGAAGAAGCGAGAAUUAAAGGAACGGGAUGUUGGUAGCGAAGAUCUGUCGGGCUGGGGUUUCGCCAGGUUUGGCGUCACUCGUCCGAACCCCGGUCGUUCCGACGACGCCGAAAUUUUCUAAGGGUCAGAUCGCGAGAUUAUUCAGCGAUGGACGUAGCUCUUAUACGAGAACCGCGAGGAGGAGAGCCACUGUGGUGGAGCAAGCGACAGCCCCGGCUGGUGAAACAGCAUUUAACGUUGGUAAAGCAGCAAUCGCUGGAGGAGCACUGAUGGGAUUAGGUACUCUUUGUUAUUAUGGAUUAGGUCUUUCUUCACAAACGGGUGCCAUAGAUCAUGCACAAUUAUGGCCGCAAUACGUUAAAGACAGAGUGAAGUCCACUUACACGUACUUUGGUGCAUCCAUUGCGGCCAGCGCAGCGUCUGCGGCUAUGUGCCUGCGUUCUCCCGUUGUAAUGAACAUGAUAAUGCGUCAGGGAUGGGUCGCUAUAGGUGUAUCAUUGGCUGCAAUGAUUGGCAGUGGCAUGAUUGUACAAGGGCUUCCAUAUAAGGAAGGAUUCAAUAGCAAACAUAUGGCUUGGCUAGUACAUACUGGAAUCUUGGGCGCUGUUGUAGCACCAAUGACUCUUUUGGGUGGACCAUUAGUUAUCCGAGCUGCUUGGUACACCGCUGGGAUAGUCGGUGGUUUAUCAGCGAUUGCUGUUUGCGCGCCCAGCGAUAAGUUUUUGGCAAUGGGCGGUCCGCUUGCUAUUGGUUUAGGCGUAGUAUUUGCCAGCUCGCUUGGUUCUAUGUUCCUUCCACCUACGACUGCUCUUGGAUCAGGACUGUAUUCUGUAGCUCUUUAUGGCGGUCUCCUGCUAUUUUCUGGAUUCCUGCUCUAUGACACGCAAAAAAUCAUCAAACAAGCGGAAACUUAUCCGAUGUACAACAUUCAUAAUAGGCCGUAUGAUCCAAUAAAUAAUGCAAUCUCAAUUUAUCUGGAUACAUUGAACAUCUUCGUGCGAGUUCUGACUAUACUGGCUGGUGGUGGUAAUAGACGUAAAUAAAAGAAUAGAGUACAAUAACUAAUGAAGUAAUAUUAGGAUCAAAGUAACUCAUAAAUUAUAUGUUACACACAUAAUUUCAAUUUAGUAAUAUUCCUUUUAAUAAGAAUAAAUUGUACAGUUUUAAAUUAAGAUAAAUAAAUAGUUCAUUACCAUACUUCUGUUUUUGUACAUGUAUAUUUUUUUAAUGAAAAGUUACAGUGUUAUCUAUAUAUUAUAAUGUUGUAAGACUGUUGUAACCUUGCUAAAAACUGUAACGUAUUAUUUAAAAUAGUGAAACCUCUUAUUACGCUUGAA